AUGUUCAUAUCUCCGCGAACAUAUACGGCGUCGCAAACACCAGAUCAGGGACUACGCCUAGCCGCCAGUGAGAAUCAACUGAGAUACCAAACUCUUCAAGGGUGGCGUGCAGACUCGCCAGUUGCUAGCCGGACCCCUGAAAUGCUACUGAUCCAUCAGGCUGGCAGUGUUCGCGUGGGUCAGGUUGUCAGAUACACGUUGACAUACACACCUGCGGCGGAUAACAUCCGCCCCUCGCCGGCUAAGCUAUACGUCAAAGUCAGGAAUACCUCUGCACUCCCCCUGCGGGCUGCAUAUCUCCAUGGUCCAUAUAGUCUUUAUGCAUCAUGCUAUCCAUCUACGUUUGAUCCUAACCACAGCACCGGUCACCAAGGAACAGAGACAAUCCCACAAUAUGAGCCGUACCUCAAGGCCGGAGGGACUUGGAAUGCGAUCCUGAAUGUGCCGCAGAAUGCUGAUUUCAGCCAAGGGUCGUCAAACUCAGUUCAAACCGAGUAUCAUGAAAGUGCAACUUGGAUCAUCGAAGUGAUAUCCCAAGUCGUGUUUUCUAGCACAGCAACCGUCAACUUUGAACUUCUCGUUGGUCGCGAUGAAAACUCGAUAGAAUCACCUUGUACCAGUAGCUUGUUUAUUACUGGCCUCUCCAAAGCUGCCCAGCUACGUGAUCACUGGUCAUCCAAGACAAGAGGCAAGCAGGUGCUUGCUACCAAAGGUGUCUACUCUCGGUCUAUCACUUUACUAAUAGAUGAUACUGCUAGUCUUUGGAAUACACCUCAUCUUCCAUCAUCGGCCUCUUCUCACGAGGGGAUGAUGGAGGUUGAGCGGGGCCCAUCAAGUGAGCAACAAAAAACCGAAUGUCAAAAAAAAAUCCACCUUGUUGUGUUGACCCAUGGACUUCACAGCAAUUUGGGAGCAGAUAUGCUUUACCUGAAGGAAAGUAUUGAUGCCGCAGUCAAGGUAGCUAAGGAUAGGAUUAAGAACGACAGCAACAGCCACGAUGGCCAGCAUAGUCCUGAGGGGUCGCGUGCAACUGAAAGGCAUAGUGCUAAUAUAGUUGAUAGUAGGGGGCAUUUGGAAGACUCCGAUGACGAGCAAGUCAUAGUAAGGGGCUUCCAUGGAAACGCAACUCGUACGGAACGUGGAAUACAGUACCUUGGCAAGCGUCUCGCAAAAUAUGUCCUGCAAAUGACAUGUCCGGAACAGCCUUUCGUGUCCCCGAAAGGUACAGGCAAGACAUCCGGGCCAUUCUCACCGUGGAAACGAGCAACGGAAGAGUCCUCCAAACCUGGUGAUAUCUACGCAGAACAGCCAAUAUGUGGGAACGGUGCCUAUCAGGUCACCAGCAUCAGUUUUAUCGGUCAUUCACUCGGGGGUCUCGUUCAAACGUACGCCAUAGCAUAUAUCCAAAAACACUUCCCUGAUUUUUUUGAGAAAACCAGGCCGGUCAACUUCAUAGCCCUGGCGACCCCGUUCCUUGGCCUCAGCAACGAGAACCCUAUGUAUGUUCGCUUUGCCCUAGAUCUAGGACUUGUCGGUCGGACCGGCCAGGACUUAGGGCUUAGCUGGACAGCACCCAGAAUGCGAAGUGGCUGGGAAACCAUAAUAGGAGGGAGAGGGUAUCCCUCAAACUCCCAAGGACAUCCAGAUGCUAGAUCUAAGCCUCUACUGAGGGUUCUUCCUUGCGGACCUGCUCAUGAGGUUCUCUCAAAAUUCCAGCACCGCACAAUUUACUCUAACGUGGUCAAUGAUGGGAUCGUACCUCUGCGGACAUCGUGUUUACUCUUUCUUGAUUGGAAAGGUCUCGACCGCGUGGAGAAAGCUAGGAGGGAGAAUGGCAUCGUUGGCACAAUGGCCGAGUGGGGCUGGGCAGAAUUGACGGGAGCUAAUUCGAAGUCUCCAAGGACCCAACUGGCGAGUGAGUUAGAACUGACAGAUGUUGGUGGCGAGAGCAGCAAUGCGCAUGGGACUCGGUCAAAGACAAAUGCCCCUUCCCAACAAGAUGUUGCAGUCGCUGCUGGUGUUAAUAGCUGUUCAAUUGAUAAGCGAUCUCUUGAGCCUCGUCGAUAUCCUGCUUGUGUCAAAGGCGAUGCAAAUUUCAGACGGAAGGAGGACUUGUCUCAAUUUACACAAAUGAGCCCGUUGUCCAAGAUAUUUUCAAUUUGGCGACCGAGGGAGGCAGCUAAGACAAAUCUUGGAAAUAAACAUGCGAGAAUAUACAAGCGCAGCCAAACCAUUGACACGCUUCAGGACGAUAUGGCAGGAUCUUCGACCAGUCCUCACGUUCGCGAAUCGCCCGUUGGUAAUCAAUUCCAUGAUUAUGGGCCUCAUACGCCUCCCCAAACCACGCUCUUCGAAUCAGCUAGUGACCUCCUUAUGCCGCCUCUUCCCCCCGUGGAUUUUAUCAUUGACCCUACCUCGAGACCAAGAACCAUAUUUCACGACCGCAUCUAUAAUCCUGAGGACAUGCCGCCCCCAUUGGCUCCUAAACGGCGUGCAUUGACAUUGGGGUCUCUCCAACACAAAGCCUCGAAUACACGGCCUGCCUCGAGAGCGGAGUCCCACGGAAAGCCACUGCCUGCCAAUGAAAUGGAAAAUGGCCUCAAACUUGAGGAAAAAAUUGCCAGGGCUUAUCACCGUGACUUAUCGUGGCGCAAGGUUCUUGUUCGCCUUGAGCCAGAUGCCCACAAUAACAUCAUUGUACGGCGGAUGUUCACAAAUGCAUAUGGAUGGCCAGUGAUGAAACACCUCGUCGAUACUCACUUCGGGCAUGCAUCAAUAGUCCGGUCCAAUAGCGCAUUUGAUCGAGGCAUUGAAGAGCCAAGUCCGUCUGUAGCGGAAACUGAUGGUUAUCUCUGGGUCGGUAAGUGA